AUAGAGUCGUCGAACAAAAUGAAGAUAUUAUACUUUUUAUUCCUCUUCAUUGUUACCGCAAUGGCAACGGGCGACGAAAAACAGCUCGAAACCCUCUUUUACGAUGGAAACAAUAAAUUUACGGCAAGGAUGUCUAAUGAAAUAGCAAAAACAAACCCUGAAAAGAGUUUUGUCUUAUCUGCUUAUUCGGUGAUGACACCCCUGGCUCAGCUGGCUUUGGGCUCUCAAGGUGACUCACACGAUGAACUAUUGGAAGCCAUUGGAAUGCCCACUGACAAUGCCACGAAAGCAGCAUUCUCCCUGGUUAACUCGAAAGAAAGGAGCCCAAAGGGCGCUACAUUGAAAAUGGCCAGUAAAGUUUACGUUGCUAACAGCUACGAACUGAACAGUGAAUUUGCUGAAGAUACCCGAAAAACCUUUGGGUCCGAAAUUGAAAGCAUGAAUUUUCUAGAUAGUGAAAACGCUGCUAAUGAAAUAAACACUUGGGUGGAAGAGCAGACUAAUAACCGUAUUAAGGAUUUAGUUGAUCCUAGUAACCUUAAUGGAGAUACCAGAGCUCUUUUAGUCAACGCUAUAUAUUUCAAGGGUACAUGGAAGAAACAGUUUGAAAAAAUGUUAACGCUAGAGAGCAAUUUCUACUUAAACAAGGAUGUUACAAACAAAGUUCCCAUGAUGUUCAUAAAAGGAGAUUACAAUUAUGCAGAGAGUCACGAAUUGGACAGUCAGAUAGUCGAAAUACCUUACGAAGGCGAUGAAUCGUCGAUGGUGAUUGUGCUUCCUCGGAACAUGCAGCGUAUGAACGAUGUUCAAAAAACAUUGGAAGACCCCAAUGCACUAGAGAAAGCUCUAAAAAAUAUGUACAUGACGGAGGUUGAACUAAAAAUGCCCAAAUUUAAAAUCGAAACCACCACUGAUCUUAAAGAAACUCUUAUAAAAAUGAAUAUCGAAAAAAUGUUUAAACCAACAACAGCUGGGCUUGAUAAAUUUUUAAAAGGCGUUAGUGAUUUAUUCAUUAGCUCAGCUAAACAGAAAGCUUUUAUUGAAGUCAAUGAAGAAGGCGCUGAAGCCGCUGCAGCAAAUGUAUUUGAACUAGCUUAUACAACUUCAGUUGGAUUUGUACCACAAGUCGUCAAAUUUACUGCUGACCACCCAUUCUUCUUCUUUAUACGCGCAGGGCAAUAUACGUUGUUCAAUGGAGUCUACUAUUCAUCUUAGAACCCAGAACAAAAAAUGAAGAUAAUUUCG